AUGCCGCUCUCCUCUCUUCUCCGCACUUCGUCCCGCCUGGGGCCGCCGGUAGUUCGAAGGUUCAGAAGAGCGGCCUCCACUGUGUCCACCACGACGCCCAAGGCCGAGAAAUCACUGGACUCUAUUUUAAUCGCGAAUCGAGGAGAAAUUGCGCUUCGCGUUGGACGGACCGCUGCUCAACACGGAAUCCGAGUAACGACGCUCUACACCGAUCCCGAUAGCAAGGCUCAACAUGCGCUGAGCUCGCCAUUUGCCUUUAACUUAGGAUCCGUCUCCGCUUACCUCGAUGGAGAUCGAAUUAUUGAGAUUGCCAAGAAGGAAGGCUGCCAAGGGAUACACCCCGGUUACGGCUUCCUGAGUGAGAAUGCGGCAUUUGCGCGGAAAUGUACGGAAGCUGGAUUGGUCUUCAUUGGACCUCCUUGGAAGGCUAUCGAAGACAUGGGUGACAAGAGUCAAUCCAAGAAGAUCAUGACUGCUGCUGGAGUACCGUGCGUACCCGGUUAUCAUGGCGACAACCAGGAUGUCAACUUCCUUGAAGCCGAGGCCGACAAGAUCAAGUACCCCGUGCUGAUCAAGGCAAUCAAGGGCGGCGGCGGAAAAGGAAUGCGCAUCGCUCAUACCAAAGCCGACUUCCAGGCACAGCUGCAGUCUGCCAAAUCGGAGGCUAUGAAUUCAUUCGGGGAUGAUCAUGUACUGGUGGAGAAGUACAUUACCACACCCCGCCACAUUGAAGUGCAAGUCUUUGCAGACAAGCAAGGCAACGCUGUUGCUCUGGGAGAGCGGGACUGUAGUAUACAAAGAAGACACCAGAAGAUCCUUGAGGAGUCGCCUGCUCCGCACCUUCCCGAUGCAACAAGAAAAGAUAUCUGGGCAAAAGCCCGAUCUGCUGCGUUGGCGGUUGGCUACGAGGGUGCCGGUACCGUGGAGUUCAUCUUCGACAAUGAUACUGGCGAGUUCUUCUUCAUGGAGAUGAACACUAGACUCCAGGUGGAGCAUCCCGUCACCGAAAUGGUUACCGGUCAGGAUCUUGUGCACUGGCAGCUCAAAAUCGCGGAAGGCGCCCCACUUCCCCUAACCCAGGAAGAUGUGGAGGCUUUUAUGGCCAGUCGCGGUCAUGCUAUCGAAGCUAGGAUUUACGCUGAGAACCCUGACCAGGGUUUCAUUCCAGACUCCGGCACUUUGUUGCAUGUCCGUACUCCCGCCGCUACUGAUGAUGUGAGGAUAGACGCCGGAUUCGUCGCAGGCGACGAUGUCUCGGCACAUUAUGAUCCCAUGAUCGCAAAAUUGAUUGUGCGGGGCAACACUCGCGAAGAGGCGAUCCGCAAACUUGCGAAUGCAUUAGAGGAGUAUGAAGUGGCGGGUCCAAUCACGAACAUCGAGUUCCUGAAAACGGUCUGCAGAAGUCCUGAUUUCAUUAGCGGGAAUGUGGAGACCGGCUACAUUGAGAAACAUCGCGAGGAGCUAUUCACACGGGAGGCAAUUGAGCCCGAGGUGUUGGCCCAGGUGGCUCUGGCCUGUCUUCACCACGAUUCAAACCCGGGAAGUGGAACGCAAGCCAACUUUGAAGGCUCUGCCGUUGGCUUUGGCCCAGGAUACCAGGCACGACAGAUUACGCUUGCAGAACUAACACCGGGAACAAAGAACGACUCCAAAUUUGAUGUUAGGGUGCAACAGACGGGUGACGACACAUUCAACGUUGAUGUUGGGGGCCGUUUAUUCGAGCAAGUUGUAAGCCAUCGUGAUCCAGCUUCGAAAGUUGUAACCUCCUUCUUCCCUCACACACGCCUGGACACGACGGUGAUCCGCGAUGAGGACACGAUCAUCGCUUUUCAGCGCGGUACCCAAUACCGCCUGACGAUUCCACGCGCCAAGUGGAUGGAGAAGGCGUUGGGAAUGAAGGACGUCACGAACAGCGUUCUCGCACCGAUGCCAUGCAAGGUGCUGCGUGUGGAGGUAGAGGCAGGCGAUGUGGUAGAAAAGGACCAGCCACUGGUGGUGAUUGAGAGUAUGAAGAUGGAAACAGUCAUUCGCAGCCCACAGAGGGGCACCAUCUCCAAGGUGGUACAUAGAGCAGGAGAUCAAUGUAAAAGCGGGACGCCGCUGGUUGAAUUCGAGGAGGGCGGUGAGUAA